AUGCUCUCCCGUCUAUUGACUCGCUCCAGCUCUAUUGCUGCCCGCACUGCUCGUCAAGCGCGCGCCGCGAGUCCUCUUCUAAGACAACCUAUGUCUAACACUUGUCUAAGACCACUACACGUUUCUGCUGUCCCAUUUAACAAACAGUGUGAAAAAAUCACUCAAGUUCUCGACAGCGAGAUCGCUUUGGAGCUCGAGGAAGACAGUCACGUCUUGCCAGAGUCCUUGCAGACUUUCUUCGACAAGACCGGUUUCUCCGUUGUUGAGUCCAACGGCAAGAACAUGUCAGAAAUUGUCAGCAAAACGAGUAAAGGUGAAGCUGUCCACGUUUUCUUCGACGUUUCUCAAGUUUCGAACUUGCCACUAGAAAGUGCUGGCUUGGACAACGAAAUAUCAGCUCCAUCCGAGGAAGAGGACUUCGAUGGGAUGUCCGACAAUUUCGCUAACGUGAACGUGGUUAUUGUCAAAGACACCGACAACUCUGCUGCGUCGUUCGAAUUGCUCAUGAAUUUGCAAGAGGGAACUUUUUUUGUCGACAGCGUCACCCCCUACGCCGACGCCAAGUCCGCUCUAGACGAGUCUGCAGAUGCGGAAGUCAAGCGUGAGCUUGUAUACCACGGUCCCCCAUUCUCGAAUCUCGACGAAGAACUCCAAGAAUCUUUGGAGGUCUACCUAGAGAGCAGAGGUAUCAAUGAGGAACUGGCCUCCUUCAUUGGCACAUUCUCCGAGUUCAAAGAGAACAAAGAGUACAUCAGUUGGUUGAAAAAUAUGAAAUCGUUCUUUAAGUAA